CUCUUUCCUGCCUAUAUGUUUGACAUAUUUGAAUUUUCUAUUUUAUGCUCUCAUGGGCUAUGGGCGUAAGAAGAGUUGAAUAGAGCCAUGACUUCUGAUACUGUUGAUAGUAACAGCACCCCAACUGUCAUUGCCCUCCUCUUCAUAUGGGUCAUACUUGUUCUGGCUUUGGUGUACUUAUAUAAGAGACUAAAUGCUAACACAAACGGACAGUACACCGUCCAACGCGUAGUAUUCGCCGAAGGUGGAUUGCGUGACCGAUUGAGACAAGGAGUUGGGUCUGUGGAAAAUAGAUUUGGUGUACACAUUUGGCCUCAACCCCAUGAUGAAGAGGAGAAGGUCAUUACAGGUGAUGACGGAAGGGAUGAGGAGGAGGAGGAUGAUAAUGACAAACAGAAUGAAAGUCAUGCCAAUGAGGAUGAAGAACAGGAAGAUGAUGAUGUCAAAGAUGAUACUUCGGAUGACUAUUCAAGCAUUGACCUGAGGGAGAACAUGAACCUGAGGAAAGAGGAUAAGAAAAGUGAUGCAGAGGAAGUGGAGGAGAAGGAGAAGAAAAAUGAGGCAGCAGCAGGAGAGGAGGAUAAACAGGGUGAAGAGCAGAAGAACGAGGAGAAAGUUGGGUUGCUUGUAGACCUCAAGCCAUUUUCAGGUAGUGCUAUUUGGUCUGAGGAGAACAAAGAUGGGGGAAAUGACAUGACUGCCUUAUGAAAAGCACAGAGAUGUGCAAAGACAUGGGCUUAGAAAUGAAUAAACCAAAAAACAUUUGCCUUUGCCCAGUGGGUUCAAGUGUUACAAAAAAAUGUUGUAUGUAAGAGUGCACGAUUCCACACCUUUUUUGUUAUUUUUUGUAAACUGUAAGGCUUUUUAUCUUCCUUUCCUUUUCUGCAAAUGCUAUGUAAAAAAAGAAA